AUGGAUUAUGUCCCUAUACCAAUCAGCAGCAAUAUUACAACUUGGUUUUUACUUGCUGUUUUUAUCUUUGUAGGGCUUUCAGGAUUUGUUGGAAAUCUGUUAACUGUUAUGGUAAUACAUCGAAACCCUUCAUUUCAUUCCCAAACCAACUACUUUUUAGCUAGUUUAGCUAUAUCAGAUCUUCUUUUAAUACUCGUUGGUGUCCCCUUUGAUGUUUUCUUUUUAUGGAAGUCCAGAUUUAUUACUUCACCUUUUAAUGGAUUUUGUGAAAUAACAAGCACCUUUAUUAGCUGGUUCACCUUCAAUUCAAUUCUCACUAUUGUCAGUCUCACCUGGGAAAGAUUGGUGGCUAUUUGCUACCCUUUCAGUCUGAAACCUUUUUUCCAUCGAGAUGCUGUGAUUUGGUUAAUUAUCAUUAUUUGGUUCAUUUCAUUCUUCCCAUCAUUAUUCAUUGGUUUGCAGGUACGAUUAAAAAUAAUUGAAUUUGUUACAUUCACACCAGACGUGGGCGAAACGUUUCGUUUCGUUUCGUUGUUUCGUAUGUUUCGUAUGAUUUUUACUGUUUCGUCUCGUUUCGUUACGAAACACUUUUAA